ACCCACGCUCGCCGCGUCGCGCCCGAGCCACGUCUCGGAGCUUCGGAACCACAACGCGGUGGUACCGACUCCACUCUCCAGGCCACUGGAGCCCGCAGGCGACACUCACCCCGCCUCGGGGCAGCCGGCGAGCGGCCGUGCGGGAGACCACGAGCCCAGGGCCCUCGCUCCGGGCCCCAGCGGGGCGGCCUGAAGCCCCCAGUCCUCGGCCCCCGCGCAAGCGACGCCGGGAAAUGCCCACAUCCGGGAAACCCGCGGCUGACUGCGGCGGCGGCGGCGGCUACACGGAGUGGAAGGCAAAAUGGCGGCGGCGGCGGCGACGGCCUGGUGCUGAGGGGACAGCCAGGUCCUCGCGACCCCGCGUCGGGCCGCGCUGGCCGGCCUCAGCUCUCCCGGCGUGUGUCCCCCGCCCUGCCCCUAUCCCGAACCCCGAGCGACCCUCGGGGCUCCGGGGAAGGAAGGGCUCCGGCCCGCCGCGGCGCCGGGCCCUCGGGCCCGUGGCCGCUGUCCAGGAGCCCCGCUCUCUCCUGCAGGUUAACCACUUCAAUUGUAAAGGACUUUAACAUUCCUGGGAACGUCCCCUCCUACCUUUGCUCAGAAGGAAUCUCUUAGUCUGUGGGUUAGCUCCUGAAGAAGUGCUUCACGGGGGCCACAUAUAGAUGCUUUCAUGAAGAGGGGUGAAAAACCAGAAGGGUACAGACAGAUGAGGCCUAAGACCUUUCCUGCCAGUAACUACCCUGGCAGCAGCCGACAGAUGCUGCAGGAGAUCCGAGAAUCCCUUAGGAAUUUAUCUAAACCAUCUGAUGCUGCAAAGGCCGAGCAUGACCUGAACAAGAUGUCAACUGAAGAUCCCAGGCAAUUGAGAAACCCACCUAAAUUUGGCACACACCAUAAGGCCUUGCAAGAAAUUCGAAACUCUCUGCUACCUUUCGCAAAUGAAACGAGUUCUUCCCGGAGCCCUUCAGAAGUCAACCCACAGAUGUUUCAGGAUUUGCAGGCUGCUGGCUUUGAUGAGGACAUGGUUAUUCAAGCCCUUCAGAAAACUAAUAACAGAAGCAUAGAAGCAGCUGUUGAAUUCAUUAGUAAAAUGAGUUACCAAGAUCCUCGUCGAGAGCAGAUGGCUGCAGCGGCUGCCAGACCUAUUAAUGCCAGCAUGAAACCAGGAAACGUGCAACAAUCAAUUAAUCGAAAACAAAGCUGGAAAGGUUCUAAAGAGUCUUUAGUUCCUCAGAGACAUGGCCCACCUCUAGGAGAAAAUGUGGUCUAUCGUUCUGAAAGCCCAAACUCACAGGCAGAUGUAGGAAGACCCCUGUCUGGAUCCGGCAUUGCAGCAUUUACUCAAGCUCACCCAAGCAAUGGACAGAGAGUGAAUCCCCCACCACCACCUCAAGUUAGAAGUGUUACUCCUCCACCACCUCCAAGAGGCCAGACUCCCCCUCCACGAGGCACAACUCCACCUCCCCCCUCAUGGGAACCAAACUCUCAGACCAAGCGUUAUUCUGGGAGCAUGGAAUAUGUAAUCUCCCGAAUCUCUCCUGUUCCACCUGGAGCAUGGCAGGAGGGCUACCCUCCAGCACCUCUUAACACUUCUCCCAUGAAUCCUCCUAACCAGGGACAGAGAGGCAUUAAUUCUGUUCCAGUUGGCAGACAACCAAUCAUCAUGCAAAGUACUAACAAAUUUAACUUUCCACCAGGGAGACCUGGAGUUCCAAAUGGUGGUGGUCAGACCGAUUUUAUCAUGCACCAGAAUGUUGUCCCUGCUGGUGCUAUGAAUCGGCAGCCACCGCCUCCAUACCCUCUCCCCUCAACUAAUGGACAAAGCCCUUCUGCUUUACAGACAGGGGGAUCUGCUGCUCCUCCAUCCUAUGCAAAUGGAAAUAUUCCUCAGUCGAUGAUGGUGCCAAACAGGAACAGUCAUAACAUGGAGCUUUAUAAUAUUAAUGUACCUGGACUGCAAACAACUUGGCCCCAGUCAUCUUCUGCCCCUGUCCAAUCAUCCCCAAGCAGUGGGCAUGAAAUUCCUGCAUGGCAACCUAACAUACCAGUGAGGUCAAAUUCUUUUAAUAACCCAUUAGGAAGUAGACCAAGUCACUCUGCUAAUUCUCAGCCUUCAGCCACUACAGUCACUGCGAUCACACCAGCUCCUAUUCAGCAGCCUGUGAAAAGCAUGCGUGUCUUGAAACCAGAGCUGCAGACUGCUUUAGCCCCUACCCAUCCUUCUUGGAUGCCGCAGCCAAUUCAGACUGUUCAGCCUACCCCUUUUCCUGAGGGUACAGCUUCAAAUGUGCCUGUCAUUCCACCUGUUGCUGAAGCUCCAAGCUAUCAAGGUCCACCACCACCUUAUCCAAAACAUCUGCUACACCAGAACCCAUCUGUCCCUCUGUAUGAGUCAGUAAGUAGACCAGGCAAAGAUGAUCAGCCCAGCUUCCCCAAGGACGACGAUGCUGAGAAAAGCUUGGAGAACGCUGAUAGUGGGGAUAAAGAAAAGAAACAGAUUACAACUUCCCCCAUCACUGUUAGGAGAAACAAGAAAGAUGAAGAACGGAGAGAAUCUCGUAUUCAGAGUUAUUCCCCUCAGGCAUUUAAAUUCUUCAUGGAGCAGCACGUGGAAAAUGUCCUGAAAUCGCAUCAGCAGCGUCUGCAUCGGAAGAAACAGUUAGAAAAUGAAAUGAUGCGGGUUGGAUUGUCUCAAGAUGCCCAGGAUCAAAUGAGAAAGAUGCUUUGCCAGAAAGAGUCUAACUAUAUUCGUCUCAAAAGGGCUAAAAUGGACAAGUCUAUGUUUGUGAAGAUCAAGACACUAGGAAUAGGAGCGUUUGGUGAAGUCUGUCUAGCAAGAAAAGUCGAUACUAAAGCUUUGUAUGCAACAAAAACUCUGCGAAAGAAAGAUGUUCUACUUCGAAAUCAAGUUGCUCAUGUUAAAGCCGAGAGAGAUAUUCUAGCUGAAGCUGACAAUGAAUGGGUGGUUCGCUUGUAUUACUCAUUCCAGGAUAAGGACAAUUUGUACUUUGUGAUGGACUACAUUCCUGGGGGUGAUAUGAUGAGCCUAUUAAUUAGAAUGGGCAUCUUUCCAGAAAAUCUGGCACGAUUCUACAUAGCAGAACUUACCUGUGCAGUUGAAAGUGUUCAUAAAAUGGGUUUUAUUCAUAGAGAUAUUAAACCUGAUAACAUUUUGAUUGACCGAGAUGGCCAUAUUAAAUUGACUGACUUUGGUCUGUGCACUGGCUUCAGAUGGACACAUGAUUCCAAGUAUUACCAGAGUGGGGAUCAUCCACGGCAAGAUAGCAUGGAUUUCAGUAAUGAGUGGGGCGAUCCCUCCAACUGUCGGUGUGGAGACAGACUCAAGCCGCUAGAACGGAGAGCUGCUCGCCAGCACCAGCGAUGUCUAGCACAUUCCUUGGUUGGGACUCCCAAUUACAUUGCACCUGAAGUACUACUCCGAACAGGAUAUACACAGUUGUGUGAUUGGUGGAGUGUUGGUGUUAUUCUUUUUGAAAUGUUGGUGGGACAACCUCCUUUCUUGGCACAAACACCAUUAGAAACACAAAUGAAGGUUAUCAACUGGCAAACUUCUCUUCACAUUCCCCCUCAAGCUAAGCUGAGUCCUGAAGCCUCCGACCUCAUCAUCAAACUCUGCCGAGGACCAGAAGAUCGCCUAGGCAAGAAUGGUGCUGACGAAAUAAAGGCUCACCCAUUCUUUAAAACCAUUGAUUUCUCCAGUGACCUGAGACAGCAGUCUGCUUCAUAUAUCCCCAAAAUCACACACCCAACAGAUACCUCCAAUUUUGACCCUGUUGAUCCUGAUAAGUUGUGGAGUGAUGAUAAUGAGGAGGAAAAUAUCAAUGACACUCUGAAUGGCUGGUAUAAAAACGGAAAGCACCCUGAACAUGCUUUCUAUGAGUUUACCUUUCGGAGGUUUUUUGAUGACAAUGGCUACCCAUACAAUUAUCCAAAGCCUAUUGAAUAUGAAUACAUUAAUUCACAAGGCUCUGAGCAACAGUCUGAUGAAGAUGAUCAACACACAGGCUCAGAUGUAAAAAACCAUGAUCUAGUAUAUGUUUGAUAGACUAGGAGAUAAUUGUAAGAAUUUGCAGAAAGACCUGAAAUGCAGGGGAUUUUUAGGUUUUGAGAAGAUUAUGCAACUGUGACAGAGUGUGUGUGCUCUGUGUACAAUAUUUUAUUUUCCUAAAUUAGGGGAAAUCAUUUUAAAAUGUUAAUUUAUUCCACCCUUUUAAUUCAGUAAUUUAGAAUAAAUUGUUAUAAGGAAAGUAAAUUAUGAGCUGAGUAUUAUAGUCAGUUCUUGGUACUUAAAGUACUUAAAAAAUACUGCUCUGUCUAAAAAGAGAAGCCUGGUAUCUAUUUGUAUAUAUGCUAAAUAAUUUUAAAAUUCAAGAGUUUUUGAAAGACAGUUUUAUCUUGCUUUAACCAAAUAUGAAACAUACCCAUAUUUCCCCUGCAACCUUGGUUUUAGUUCACAAUAAGCUAAAGAAAUUAAGCCAUCAUUUCAGAAGGUGUACCUAGACUAAUGCUAAUCUGGAAGUCAUAUCCUAGAAUCACAAAUACAGAGCAGAAAAAAAAUGAGUUCACUAGAAAUAAUGCAGUUUACCCCUUCCCUCCACGAAAGUCUUUAACCUAGCAUUUCCUCUCAGUUACUGGCUUUAAAAGAAGUCAGAGCACUACUAGUUUUGUUUCCAUAUUGGUAUUAAUGCUGCUUCCAGUUUUAAAAGGGAACAAAGUUGCUAUAAAUCAAAUUUUCAAAUACUGAAAACUAAGGUCUGUAAUAUUUUUAUCUUAAAAUUAGAAGAAAAACUUCCAUCUCCUAAUCAGAGAAAUUAGUUUCAGUUUGUAAAAUGUUGGUUAGAAUUUAUUUGUUUGGACUCAUUAAGAAAGUUUUUUUCUAGGGGCUGGGGAUAUAACUUAGUGGUAGAGCACUUGCCUAACCUACACAAAGCCCUGGGUUCAAUCCCCAGCACCGCUGUUCCCCAAAGGUACCUUUGCUGUACAGCAACCAAUCUUGAUUGUGUCGUCAAUGCUGUAGAUUUCCUCUUUCAGAACAGUGCUAUAAUGCAAAUCACUGGCACAGAAAAAUAUUUCUAUUUGGCACUAUCAUACCUAAGAGUAGAUUAAUUGGUUAAAAAAUAAUUAUUAACUCCUAAUUGGGAUGACCAUUCCUAAUUAGAAGAAGAUACAUAGUGGUUUAGAAAUUGAAGACUUCCUAACUUAUUUAAGAUUAAUGUACCUAUUUAUAUAAUGUUUAGGUUCUAAGGAAGAAUUGUGGCUUCAUAACAAAAUGCAUAAUAACAUCUUUUAGAAAGAAUUGGGCUAUAUUCUGACCCUAGUAAAGUUUGUAUAUUAUUUCCUUUUCUUUAAGUUUACUGACAUGAAUUGCUUUAUCAGACUCAAUGUUUGUGGAUAGGAAUGAUAUUUACCUAUCUAGCUUUCUUGUAAAAAGAUAAUUUGUCUGAAACCAUGUGUAUAAUAAAAUUAAAGUCAAAGUUAUUUGAUUGAAUUGAGGAAAGAAAAAAUUAUUAGGUUAUUAGCUUACACUUUCAUAUCCAGUGUAGAACCUGUUGCAGUGUAAGGGUGGGCUUUUGGGGUCCCUGGUUCUUUUGAAAUAGAGGCUUUGUGAACUCUAGCCCUAGUGAAAAAGUGCAUGCACUUCCAGGGGUCCCUGGAUAUGAUUUAAAAAAAAAAAAAAAUCCUUAGA